CAUGAUGAAACAGAGGGCUAUCAAAAUUGGCUAAAUCGGGACUUCCCUGGUGGUCCAGUGGUUAAGACUGCCUUCCAAUGCAGGGGGUGCAGGUUCGAUCCCUCGUCAGGGAGCUAAGAUCCCACGUACCUUUGGACCAACAAAACAAAACAUAAGAUAGAAGCAAUAUUGUAACAAAUUCAAUAAAAACUUUAAAAAUGGUCCACAUCCACAGUGGUUAAGGAUCUGCCUGCUAGUGCAGAGGACACAACAGGUCCUACAUGGGCAAUUUACGCUGUAAAUGUCGUACCUGGUGCCACCGCUGCCAGCCCCGCUGUGGGGCCCCAGUGGGCUGUCACCCGCUGGUUUUGCCCUCCUGGGAGGUUGCCACAUCUGACCGGAACCACCCUGCUGUUCCAAUGCCUGCCGUCUGCCCUAGUCGCAGGCUGUCCCACCGGGAUCGAGUGCCUUUAUUGCCUGGCUUUCACAUCGCGCCAAAAAUGCAGUAUCCCAUCCAGCAGGCCAGGUACUCCUGGCUGGGGAUGCUUCCCUUGGUGAGCUGGAGGGACUCGCCAAAGAAGCCCGUGCUGUCUGCUCAUAAUUCGAUCAUGUUCGGCCACUUGAGAGCCAUCAAGAGUCCUCCACUGGGGCACAAAUUUACCCUCCUGCAUUCACCAGCUGAGCAGGUAGUCAAGGUUAGGAAGCUGAUACCAUCCAGUCACCUCCCACUUCCUUCCCCAAAGGAGAGGGAGGUGAAGGUCCCAUCCCAUGCCAUGGUGUUCUCUGCCCCAACCGCAUGCUGCUCCCUGCUGCUGGAGAGGCCAACAAAAGAAGUGCUGGGUGAAGACCACCGGCCCAAAUCACCAGGCUCACUGAUGUCUGGGAAGGAGCUGCAGCAUGAAAAGUCUUCACACAUCCCAUCAAGAAGUUCCUCUUCCCUGCUAUCUAUCAGCAGUAGGCCCUGCAAGCAGAAGAUUCCCCUGCCACUUUUUCUGCCACUGCCAAGGCUGAGGUCGCCCCCAUCAGGGAUUGAGGCACUGACAUGGGAUCGAGACCCCCAUUUACGGCUUCGGCCAUCAUCAGUGCUUCAGCAGGCAGCACCUCUGACACCGAACCUAUGGACACCACACCUCCUUCCCAGGCUGUCGUUUUCCAGUCUGCCCCUGUCUCCAGGCAGAGCCAAUAGCCAUUUCACAGGGCUGUUCCUAGUUCUGGGAACACAACACCCAGUGGUAGCAAUGCCUCAGCCCAUGCCUCGACUCAUUUACCUGCAAUGCCGGCCAACAGAUAGACCAACACUUCAAGCUUGCUUGGACCCAGGUCUCCCGUCUCAGGCCACAUUGGGGGCCAAUGAUGGGCAGAGGUCUAACAAUUAUUUUCUAUUGGGAAACCCUGCAGCCUCAGCACAAGAUAAAGUCCUAGUCGCUCCUGAAGCCUAGCCACCGCGAGUCAGCAUCAUGCAGUCAGCUUUGCCAGCUUCCCUAUUCGCCACUACCAGCAACACGCAGCCGGCCUUUGGCGACAACCCAGGCAUUCUCCCCAGGGUUGUGUCCAUUGCUACUGGCUUUGGACUUGCCACCAGGAUGCCCAGUACUGUGGACAGUAGCUCGCUCUUUGCCAAUACCACACCGGGCCCACUGUUCAUGGGACCUGAAGACCCUUCGGCCAGUGGGAGCCUUGGAGUCGGUGUGUCAGCCCCAGGCCUCACUCAUUCAGAGGCAUCCAGACCACUUAACUUUGGGGCAGGACUAAGUGGGGCACCCAGCACUGCUUCUGUUCCUACUUUGGGCCAGACAACCUGCCAUCUACCUGACCAUGGCAAGGCUGCUGCAGUAGGAGGGGCAGGCACCAUCUCAGCAUUUGGGAACAUACCUGAUUCCACCUUAAAUCCAAAUACCUGGGGCCUACCUGGGCGGAAUACAGGUGGUACGGUGAUGACAGGGGACAACACCAUCCCCACGAUGGGAGGCCCUAGUGUUUCCACUUGCUGUCACUGCACACAGGGCCCAUCUGGACGUGGAAAAUCUACAUUUAAAAGUUCCAUCACCAAGGAGAAGAAAUCUGUGUCAAGGGACAUACCAGUUUCCACCUUCCAACAAAGCACACCACAUCUAUUGGAGUUGCAAGUGUGGUUACCACCCGUGGGUUUCAACACACUUCUAGUUCUACCUUAUUUCCUAACACAAGGGGCCCACCUGCCCACAAUCCAGGUGGUGGCCAUCUAGGAGGGAACAACAUCAUGCCCAUGACUGGAGGACCUGGUAUUCCCGCUUACAACUGGGACCCACCUGGCCAAUACACAGGUGGUGCAGAUGGAGAGCACAACAUCUCACCAGUGCUGGAAGGCCCUGUGUCAAUAACUGCCAUCAGACUUGGAACACAUCUGUGCAGAGAACAGGGGGGGGCCAUGGGGGACAGCACCACACCUGCUGUGACUGGAUACACUUCUGGUGCCACAUUCAUACAAAGCACCUGGAGAUCCCCCUGGUCAAAACCCAGUGGUGCCAUGGGGGAUAGCACCAUCCAUAUUUAGAGAGGAACCUCUACUCUCAGGAAGAACACUGGGGUCCCCAAGUCAGGACACCCCUCUGGCUUAGACGAGCCAGCAUUGUGUUUGGAGGCUCCUGGUCAGGGCAGUUGUGCCUGUGCUCAUAGGAGUCUGGCAGCCUCAUAACCUGCCCAGGGCUUCAUAGGAGCCAUCAGCUAAUUCCUUUCUUCUAUGAAGAAACUCAACAAAUGAAGAGCAGAUCUUAUUCUGCAAACUGUGUGUAACCAUGAAUGGACUUUGCCUCACUGGAAAGUGACUCAGCCCCUUUAAGUGAAACUUAACCUCCUCUCUUCCUACAGCAAGCUGGAGGACCACACCUCAGGGGUGUGCAAGAGUGUGUGUGUGUGUGUGUGUGUGUGUGUGUGUGUGUUGGAGGGUGAGGAGCAUAUGAGCCCACUUCAGAACUACACCAAACUUGAGAAGUUCCAGUUAGGAGAAUGGAAGAGAGCUGGCUGUAUCAUCCACUGUGCCAUCCCUGGCUUGACUGUUAACUUGGCGGACCCAAGAUCCUGGCCAGUUUUCCCUAGACUUGGAACUGGCAGGAUGCCCACUGCUGUUUUCAGAUGCUUCCUCUCCCCCUAUGCAUUUGCCUCAAUGGGCCCUUCUCUUUCCCAGCUUUACGUACUAUAUAUAUGUCAA